AUUUGUUUGCAAAUCAUUUUGUUCUUUCAGAUUACUUUCAUUUAGAAAAUUUUGUUUCACUAGGGGAUAUUUAUUCUGUAUUUUAUACCGAUUUGUUAUCUCUGGUUUGUUAAAAUUUCAUAGUAGUAUACUAAAUUAUGCAUUAAAAUGGAUUUCAGUUUGGAUGCGAAAACUGAUGAAGAUUUCUUUGGUGCGCUGAAACGUGAAAACACAAAUUUGGAACACCUUUUUGAAUAUGAAACCCAACGUGGUGUGGGCAGUGAGAAGCAAGAAUCUCUUAAAUACCAACCUACAAAACAAGCAGCAGCAGAUAAUGCCGUAAAAAGCGUUGCCGGUGGCGCUGUCACAACAGUGCAAGCUUGGCAAACGUUAUUAGCAAGGGUUGCACAGGCUUAUAAAGAAGGUGUGUCCAUAGGCAAAGUUGGUGUAGCAUUGCUGCAGAGUGUGAAAAAUGAGUACCGAAUUAUCAUCUACAAAGCCAAACUGAACGUGCUAACCACUUGUUCCUUGCGUACUGAAAUGGCACAAAUUCAUCGCCAAAAUAACUAUUUACAAUUUUACGAUGAUGAUUUGCGUUGUUGGAGCAUUUAUUUCGAUGUAGAAGCCAAUACAGAGGAAUUUGUAGCCAAAUUGGCUGAAUUAAAAAUUGAAGUAAGCGAAGGGGAGAAGAAUGAACGAUAUGAUGUGAUUUCGGAGACAGAAAUUACGCAAAAUAAGAACUUAGAAUUUCAUGCAAAUAAACAAAUCGAUGCUAAGGGAGCUGAAAAACCUGUAGUUGCUGCUACUAAGCCUUCUAAGACGUCGUUAAUAACGCGUAUGGCCAAAAUGGGACAGCAGUUACCGAAAUUGUCAGCAGCAGCUCAUUUGGAAAGUAGUGUAGAUGCUACCGACUCCUCAGAUGCGGAGAUUGUGUCUACACCAAUUGAAUCGACACUUCUCAAACACCAAUCAACAACGCGCAACAGCAACCGCAUGUUGGCAAAGACGCAGCCACUGCCUGUUAGCCAAAUAAAUCACUACGCAAAUUCUACAGUAUCGAGUGCUUUUGAUUCGCCAUUCAUGCAAAUGAUGCUCUCCGAAAAUCGUACGCAUAGCUCCGAAUUGCGAAUGAACAUUAAUAGGUUGGAGAGCAAAUUUGAAAAGGUGAUUGACAAAAUCGACCUACUGAACUCAAGUUCAAGUGAUAAAACUAAUAAAGAAGAUGAAAUUCUGGCACUCGAAGAAAAAGUGCUGGAGCUUAAAAAGGAGAAUCGCAGACUUCGGCAGGCAAGCAAGGGUAAAAACGAGAAUGUAGACACGACAAGUUGUGAACAAAUUUUGCAGAUGUAUAGUGAAGAGCUGGAAAAUGUAAAUUUAGCUAAUACCAAUAGCCUGGAACGGUUAGUUGGCGAUUUGCUGCAGCAACGUGCUGCAUUGCAUGAGAAAUUAGAAGAAUUGAAGAAAGAUUUGACAGAAAAAAAUGUACAAUUAAAAACGCAUCAGUCCCAUAUAGACGAUGAACAGGAUAUGCUGGCAAAAACUAUAGUUAAAGUGGAACAGUUUGAAGAGGAAGUAAAGGUACUGAGAAAACACCUGAAAGACAAGGAAAAAAUUGAAAUCGACUUGCGACAAGAACUCGCUGAAUCAAAUAAGGAGGACAUUGCGCAAAGGCAACAGGAAAAGCUUGAAGGCGAAGUAAAAUCACUACAACAACACCUGGUAGAGAAAGAAAAAAUGGAAAGCGAUUUGCGACAUCAACUUGUCGAAUCAAAUAAAGAAUGCAUUGAACAAAGGCAAAAGUACGAAGAGAGCAGACAAAAAGAAGCACUUGCCACUGAUUUGGUGCGCGAUUUGCAAGAGCAAAAUAUAAAGUUGGAGAGAAAAUUGGAUGAGCAUCACCGAUUUGGUGAAAGUCUACCCGUUGAAAAACAAAUCGAAGCAGUAUUGAAAAAAACAAUGAACAAUUUAUAUGCAAGUUUGUCUACAAAACUGGAAAAUGUUGUGCCAAUGCAAAAGAAUGCCGUUAUAGCCAUAGUAGGAAAAACUAUACGAGAAGAAACGCUCAAAACAAUGGACGAAUUAAAGCAAUAGUAAUUGCAACUAAUAGGAUUGCAAUGAUGGCUGUAGUAUUAGUGUAUAUGUGAUUGGGCUGACAUAAAAAUAUUCCAAUAGCUUUAAAAGCGCUACAAGUUUUACAUAUUAAAAAUACAUUCUUAAUAAAAUACCAUUGCAUGUAUGUGCGUAUACAUA